AAAUUGGCGGGCACACUUGCUCAGAUUUGUUUAUGCAGAACGCGAAGUCUUUUUUGAGCCGAAUAAAAGCAAAAAAAGGGCAGCGAUAAAAGUGCUCCAGUGGCAAUUAGCAAGUUAGCACCUAAGGACCCCACACACCACACAAGAUGUUCAACUUUAUGAAGAAGAGUGCCGGUGAUGAUGAGAAGGAGCGCCGCAAACGCGAGAAGAAGCUGCGCAAAGAGGCUAAGGGCACCACCACUGGUGGAAAUGGAGGCGUCACUGGUGUUACUGGAAGCAUGAGUACGGACGAACUGCUCCGCCUGGAUGAGGUGCGUCGGUCUCUCAAAAUCCGUGGACGGCGUAAAGAAAAGGAGAAGCUACCCAGCGGAAUUACGGCGGACUAUAGCGCAGACUUCUUUGCUGCCCUUAAUGCGGAUGCAAACGGCGGAAGCAAUGGGGGAGCAGCAGGAGCUGCAGAUCCCGAACAGGAUCGUGGCAAUGAGGAGAUUGUAGCAUCUGUGAUGACGCACAUUGAGAGCCGAGCGUCCAACGGCGCCGGCGUGAGUGUUAACUACAGCGAGGUCACCCAUUCUUUGUUAGCCGGAGGGCUUAAGAAUCGUUUUCUGCCACCUAUACCGCCAAAACCACCGAAACGUGGCAUUCUAAAGGGUUCCCGCAGCAAUAUGACCAAUGUGCACGAGGAGAUCAGCUUUACAGGCGGCACUGGAGGAGCAGGCGGCACACCAGAGAUGCUAUUGCGCAAUACCUUCCAGAAUGAGUUGCUGUACGAGGGAGUGGGAAGAGGGGCCGGCUCGAUUGGCUCCAACUCCAGUCAGCACGGUACCUCUUUUACCUCCGUAGAGAGUCUGCGCAGCGAUGGAGAACAGGCCGGCGGUCAGCAGCGGGCCAUGACCCUGCCGGCCAACGCUCGCUAUGGGGCUAUACCCCAGGGCAACAGUCAGGGAUCGCACCUCCACGUGCUCACCUCGCCGUCGCCCAGCGCCGACAGUCUCACAGAUACCACAAACUCCUCGUUCGCUACACCACCCUUCUCGCUAAGUCCCGUUGGCGAGUCACAGGGCAUCGACCGUUGGGCCCGCGUUCAUGCCUUCGAGGACGUGGAGCUGCCGCUGCCGCCGGUGCAGCUGGUAAAACUUCCGCCUCCCAGGCAGCUCGUUAUUAGACGACAGAAGUCGCCGCGCCAGGACUUUGGCUUUAGCCUGCGCAAGGCCAUCUGCUUGGACAGAACAGAAUCGCUGACUUCGCCCAUUUUUAAGCCGGUUAUAUUUGCUGAGCCAGGUGCUGGGGGCGGAGCCACGGGUCUACUGCCCGGCGAUCGCCUCAUUAAGGUCAACGGAACGCCAGUGGGUGAUCUGUCACGAGAGAUCAUCAUCGAGAUGAUACGGAACAGCGGCGAGGCUGUCACUGUAGAGGUCCAACCAGUCGCUGAGUUGGUGGAACUAAGUAAACGAUGCAUGGCACCUAUCACGGCCACCGUGGAGGAGAUCGAUCAUUCCAUAACCAACGGCAACUGCAACACCCUCCGGCGCAGUGCCAGCAAGCGCUUCAAGCGUCAGAGCCGCCAUGAGAAUGGCAAUGGAGGAGGAGUAGAAGGAGGAGCCCAAGGAGUGGGCCAUGAUCUGGAGGCGGAUAUGGCGGACGCCAGUCAGCCGGAGCGUGUUUGGCUGGUGCAUCGCGGUGGCUUCACUGCAGCCAUCCGUUUACCAACGCCGUCUUCUGGUCGGGAUGAGGAACAUAAACUGAACCUGCGUCUCCUGCAUAAUGGAGAGCAGCUCACGGUCGACGAGGACGAUGUGGAGAAACAGAAUAGCCCCGCCUUGGAUCUAGCCGAGGACAUAUGUGAACUUAAAUAUCUGAACGAGGCGUCCGUGCUCCAUUGCCUCCGUCAGCGAUACGCCAGCAAUCUCAUCCACACUAAGGCGGGGCCCACGCUGCUCGUGGUCAAUCCCAUGGCACCGCUGUCCCUCUACUCCGAAAAGGUUGUCUCCAUGUUCCGCGGCUGCAAGACGGAGGACAUGCCGCCCCACGUCUAUUCACUGGCCCAGACCGCCUACAGGAGCCUGGUCGAGACGCGGCGCGACCAGAGCUUGAUAUUCAUGGGCCGAUCUGGUUCUGGCAAAUCCACCAGCUUCAAGCAUGCACUGAACUACCUGGCGUUGGCAGCUGGUGCCUAUAAUAACUUCAUAAAUGCAGAGAAGGUCAAUGCCCUGUGCACCAUUCUGGAGGCUUUUGGUAAUACGAAAACUUGCCUCAACUCGAAUGCCACGCGGAUGACGCAGCUGUUGAGCCUGGAUUUUGAUCAAACCGGCCAGAUUGCAUCUGCAUCACUACAGGUUCUACUCCCGGAACGACAGAGAGCUGGUCGUCGUUUGGGCCAUGAACACAGCUUCCACAUCAUGACGCGACUUUUGGCUGGCGCCGCUGGUUUGUUGCAAAAGGAGCUGCAUCUGGAGAACAUUACCUCCGAGGACAGUCAUCCAUUUAUAUCCUUGUCCCAAAAGCUGGAGGAUCGUCAUCGAGCGGCUAAUGACUUUAUGCGAACGGUUCAGGCCUUUGAAACGUUGAACAUUGAUGCCAAGGCGGUGCGGGGAAUCUGGAGCAUUCUGGCGGCCAUUUACCAUCUGGGCAUAGCUGGUGUCACAAAACUGGGGACUGGAUCUACAGCCCGUACACAGUUUGCAAAUCCUACAGCUGCCCGGAAGGCAUCAGGUCUGUUGGGUGUGAAUCUAGAGGAUCUGUCUUCAGCUGCCUUUGGUUUAACACAACCAAAUGCCCCAAAUGGCGGUCUAAGUCCUUCGAAAUCGCCCACCUCUGACACUGGCCACGAGUGGGCUUGGGAAUGUCUAGAGGCUUUGGUCAUUGGCCUAUACUCCGAGGCUCUGGCUGCAGUGGUGGCUCUGAUCAACCGUCAGAUUUGUACAUCGGCUCACACCAUAGCUUCAAUAAUGCUAAUUGACACGCCUGGCUUUCAAAAUCCUGCAAGUUGUGGCCAGCAGGUUGGCGCUACCCUGGCGGAUUUGCGUCACAACUAUCUCCAGGAGCGUCUGCAGAUGCUGUUCCAUCAUACCACACUGGUGGCCCCCCGCGAUCGGUAUGCCCAGGAGCUGGUGGAAAUCGAAAUGGAUCAGGCUUCGGAGUGCCAUCCGGGACCGUUGAUCUCGCUAAUCGACAAGGCACCCCAAAACCAUGUGGUGCGCUCUUCCCAGCGAGAUUUACGCGAACACGACCGUCGGGGCAUGCUAUGGCUUUUGGAUGAGGAAGCCAUCUAUCCAAACUCCAACGACGAUACAUUCCUCGAGCGUUUGUUCUCACACUACGGUGACCGGGAACACCAUUCGCUACUGCGCAAGUGCGCCGGUCCCCGACAGUUUGUACUUCACCAUCUGCAGGGCACUAAUCCAGUGCUUUAUGCUGUUGAUGGUUGGGUGCGGCAUAGUCGUGAGCAUCCGGGAAUUCGAAAUGCGGUUUCCCUGCUACAAGACAGCAGUAGGGAGGAAAUCAACCGCCUGUACAUUGGCUCACUGACACGAGGAUCGGGAGCGAUGGUUUUCUGUGGUUCCUUUGCUGGAUUGGAAGGCACUCAGUCACUGCGUCGCGUGUCCAGUAUUCGUCGCUCCUUCACUACGGCCGGAGUGAAACGCAAUUCCAUUAUGCUACAGGUGAAGUUCACCGUGGACGGAAUUAUCGACACGUUGCGACGCACUGGAACUCAUUUUGUACACUGCUAUCUGCUGCAACACAACGCUGGCAAACACACCAAGUUCACAGCAAAUGGAUCGCCCAGCUCAGCUGCCGGUCAGGCGGCCAGCGAGGAGGAAAUGGUUAAUGUGCCACUGUUAAGGAGUCAGCUACGUGGCUCACAAGUCCUAGAAGCUGCACGUCUGCAUCGCCUUGGUUUUCCCGAAUCAGUGCCAUUAUUGGAGUUUGUUCGCCGCUUUGGUCUUUUGGCCGGUGAUUUGGCUAGCAACAAGGAUGUGAGCGUAGAGCAGAUAUUAGCAGUCAAUGAGCUGGAUGUGGCCAGUUAUCGCAUUGGACCUAGUCAGAUCCUCUUCCGCUCGGGAGUUCUAAGUGAGUUGGAAGCCAAGCGCGAUGUCCUGCUCUCAGAUCGGAUUAUACAGCUGCAAGCUUUUUGUCGUGGCUACUUGGCCCGCAAAAAGAUGUCACAGCGACGAGUUCAGGAACUGGCUGUGCGCUGCAUUCAACGCAAUGUCAAGGCAUUCCUGGCCGUACGUGAUUGGCCUUGGUGGCGUCUCUUAGUUCGAGUUACUCCCCUGCUCAACGUUCAUCGCACCGAGGAGCAGCUAAAGACGGCCAACGAGGAGCUGCUCAUGCUGCGAGCCAAACUGGAGAAGAUCGAGUGCGAUCGUAGCGAGGUCAAGGCGGAGAACCAAAAGCUGGAAGCCAAGCUUUCCGAGCUAACGGUGGACUUGGCCGAAGAGCGAUCCACGGCUCACAUAGCCACCGAGCGGCUGGAGGCGGAAACUGGCGAGCGUCUGAAGCUGGAAAAGGAGCUGGGCGAACAAGCUAACAAAGUUAAGAAUCUCCAGGAGACGACCGAGAAGCUGGAAAUGGAGCUGAUAUGCGCCAAAUCAGAUCUGAAUGGCAUCUCCGAGGAUGAGGAUGCGGAAAAUGAAGAAGGCGGCAGCGGUGGAGUCUACAAGCUUAAAUACGAGCGGGUGGCCAGAGAGCUAGAGUUCACCAAAAGGCGCCUGCACACGCAGCAUGAGCACGAUCUGGAACAGCUGGUCGGGCUCAAGAAGCAAUUGGAGAAGAAGCUUUCCGAUGCCUACGAAGAAGUUGAGGAGCAACGUCAGGUUGUGGGCCAAUGGAAGCGCAAGGCACAGAAGAUGACCAACGAGAUGAACGAUCUGCGUAUGCUGCUCGAGGAGCAAAAUGCCCGCAACAAUUUGCUCGAGAAGAAGCAGCGCAAGUUCGAUGCUGAGUGCCAGUCUCUGCAGGAUGCGUCGCGUCAAGAGCGGCAGGCUAAGGAGCGAUACGGUCGCGAGAAGGACGUCCUGCAGGCAGAGAAGUUCACUCUGGAGCAAACUCUAGCGGACACACGUCUGGACCUUGAGCUUAAAGAAGAGAAACUCGCCUCGCUGCAGCGUGAACUGGAGGAGAUGACCUUUGGUGGCGGCACCGAAGAGGAGUUUGCCCAACUGCGGCGCUCCAAGAAUGAGACAGAGCGUCGGGCCAAGGAGCAGGAGGAGGAACUGGACGAGAUGGCUGGUCAAAUACAGUUACUUGAACAGGCCAAACUUCGCCUGGAGAUGACCCUGGAAACAAUGCGGAAGGAAGCGCGACGUGAAUCCCAGCAGCGCGACGAAGAACUGGAGGAAGUACGCGGCAAUGGUUACAAGAAGAUUAAAGCCCUCGAAUGUCAGUUAGAGACGGAGCACGAGGAACGGACUCUGCUGCUGCGUGAGAAGCACGAACUGGAGCGGCGCCUCUCCUCUAUGGAAGAUCGCGAUCGCGUUGACCGCGAUGCUGAGGAAGCGCUCAACCAGAAGCUUCGACGAGAUCUUCGCAAAUACAAGGCACUGCUCAAGGAUGCCCAGACGCAGUUGGAUCGUCAAAAGGCUGACACGCCUGGCAAGACUCUGAUAAGACAACUGCGUAACCAACUGGAAGAUGCUGAAUCUGCUCGUUCGCUGGCUAUGAAAGCACGGCAAACUGCUGAAGCUGAACUGACCGAAGUUCAGGCUAUGUUCGAGGAGUCGCACCGAGCCAGAAACGAUGCUGAGGAGCGAGCCAACGCUGCCCAUAGGGAUCGCGCUGAGCUGCAGGCACAGAUAGAGGAAAAUGAGGAGGAGCUGGGUGAGUUGAUGAAGAAGUACAGCGCCACGGUGAAGCAGCUGAAUACUGAGCAAAUUAACGUGUCCGAGGCCGAGUUCAAGCUCAAUGAGAUGGAAGCGGAGCGCAACAAUCUCAAGGAGCAGGUGACCGAGCUGCAACAUCGUCUGGAUAACGUAGAGAACCUGGGCGAUCCUUCCAUGGCCAUGAUGUCCAAGCGAUUGGAGCUGCGUACAAAGGAACUGGAAUCUCGUCUCGAAUUGGAACAGGCAACACGGGCUCGUCUUGAGGUUCAAGUCAACCGUCACAAGGAAGCCCUGGAGAAGCUGCAGAAUGAGGUGACGCAAGCAAAGAUGCGUGAAAUGCAGGCCCAGGACGUAAUCAAGAAGUCGCAAAAGAGUCUGCGCGACAUGCGCGAGGAGUUCCACGCUGUUUCCGGUCGCGAGCAGGAAUCGCUGACGCGUCGCAAAGACCUCGAGAAGAAGAUGGAGCAAAUGGAGUCAGAGGGAGCGGCGCUGAAGAAUGAUCUGCGAUUGGCCCUUCAGCGGAUAGCGGAUCUACAGCAGGCCAUGGAGGAGGAGGGUGAAGAAGAGCUGAGUGAGAGUGAAGAGAGCCUGAGCUCGGUGGGCUCAAUUAGUGAUCUGGAGGAUCGACUGCGGCCAGUGCAUGUGAAGCGCAGCUCACAGCAGUCACUAAAUGGCAGCAUCGGUGGCGGAGGAGGCCCCGUUGUCAGCUCCACCCGCACCGUGGUGUAUGAAAAGGACGACAACAGCCCGAGAAUAACAGUGACGUCGCCAUCGUCGCCACACAUACAUAAGCUGGCACUGGCGGCCAAAGCCAUACCGGCCAAGAAACCGGACACAAAAACUGCAGCACCGACCAGGAUGGGACUAACAGUGCCAACGAGCCAAUAUAAUGGCCAGGAUGCCGGGCUGGCCAAGCCGUAGAUCAAUCUCUUGCUCGUGGCUUGUCCACCUGGGGCUGCAGCUUGUAAUUUGUAAUUUUUAUUUUUUGGAUAUUUAUUAGUUGUUUAUGAUUAUUAUUUGAUUACUGUUUAGUUCAAUAUGUUUAACUAUUUAUUAUCGAAAUAUAGCUACAUGAUAAUAUAUGAUAUGAACCCAAUAGGCAUUUGAAAGCAAUGCUAAAUCGUAGUUAAUUUAAUUUGCGCGACAGUCCCUAAAUGAAAAGUGAUUAACAUGUUUUAUCUCUCUCUCAAAAAAGAAACAAAAACAAAACUGAACUAACACCUAUAGCCUAUAUAGAAUAUAGUCCAUUAUCCUAUAGCCAACUUAAAUAAAAUUAGUUAAACGCGUUUCAAAAUCAUAGGCAAGUGUAUGCAUAUGCAAUAAAUUGAAUCAUUAAUCAAAUUGAAUCCCACAAAAUCCGAGUAUUUUACAAAUAACUCUUAUUCUUAUACGACUCAUCGUCCCCUUUCAUAACAUCCGUAAUCAAACGAAAUCAUUAGCUUCAUUCAUCACAUAUGGAAAGAAAAAAUUUAAUAAUAAAAAGGAAGUAAUUAAUAUUGGAAUACAAAAUUUUACAGAUAUAACGACAUGUAACGGAAAAGAAGCAUGAAAAUCCUUAUAAAACUAACAAAACGAACAUAAAAAAUAAAUAUAUUGUUAUAAAACUCAA